AUGGAGUCGGCUCCUCUUCUCCUCCUGCUCCUGGGCUUGCUGCGGGGCGGCAGCGGGCAGCCCAAGAACCAGCUGGUGGUGACGCCGCGGCAGCCGGUGGUGCAGCUCGGGGGCUCGGUGCAGCCGAACUGCUCCCUGGCCUGUGCGGGGGGCACGGUGGGGGACACCAACCUGGGGAGCGUCACCUCCUUCUCCACCCACAGCAUCCUGCACAUCAGCAGCGCUGUGGUUGCCACGGAGGGCACCAAGAUCUGCCAGGGGACCUGCCAUGGGCAGGUCUACCAGUGCACCGUCGAGCUGAAGGUUUAUGCCCUCCCGGACAGGCUGCAGCUGGAAGCAGAGCCCGGUGCCGCGGGGCUGGGGCUGCGCUGCUCAGCCCGGGGCGUGUACCCGGUGGAGGGGCUGCGACUCACCUGGUACCAGGGACACCGAGCGCUGCAGUCAGGCUUCGACGAGAAAGAGACCGAGGAGCAGCUCUUUGACAUCGUGUCCGUGCUGCCGGUGGCCAGGGAAGAGGUGGGGGACGGAGUAGAGUUCAGAUGCGAGGUGACACUGACCAUCAGGCAGGAAACCUUCACCCGGGUGGCAUCUGUGACCAUGAGCACUGAGGCUUCACUGGCGUGA